CGAGAGCGCGCACCUUGCCCGCCCUCUUCCUCUCAAAACAGCAGCAGCCAUGGCCCCCAAGAAGGCCGCCAAGGGUGAUGAGGCCCCCAAGGAGGUGGUGAGCCUGGGCCCCACCGUCCGCGAGGGCGAGCACGUCUUCGGCGUUGCUCACAUCUUCGCCAGCUUCAACGACACGUUCGUGCAUGUGACCGACCUGUCGGGCCGGGAAACUAUUUCGCGCGUCACCGGCGGCAUGAAGGUCAAGGCCGACCGCGACGAGUCGUCGCCCUACGCGGCCAUGCUUGCCGCGCAGGACGUGGCCCAGAAGUGCAAGGAGCUGGGCAUCACUGCCCUGCACAUCAAGCUGCGCGCCACCGGCGGCAACCGGACCAAGACCCCCGGCCCCGGUGCCCAGUCCGCCCUGCGUGCCCUGGCCCGCGCGGGCAUGAAGAUUGGCCGCAUCGAGGACGUGACCCCCAUCCCCACCGACUCCACCCGCCGGAAGGGUGGUCGCCGCGGUCGCCGCCUGUAGGCGCGCGGCGUCGCGAUAUGCCGGUGUGCCGCAACAGCGCGGCGGCCGUCAUGGCCGCAGCAGCAGCCGGUGGUGGUUUUGGUGGCGGAGCGAGCCCAGCCGGAAUUGCAGCAGCAGCGGUGGCAGCAGCAGCAGCCUAGCAAGCGGCAGUGGCGGAGGAGGAGGGCGCAGCGAUUUGAGGUGGCGGCGGCGGGCGCGCCCGCCUGGCGGCUGGCGGCGGGUGCAUCGCCGCGGCGGAGGAGGCCUCGCUGGGUCUGUCCAGCCACUGCGCUGGUUGCGUCGUUGUCUCGCUAGUAGCGUUGCUGUAACGUGAAGAGUACGUGAUUCCGAGGUUCCGGUCCCAAGUGCCGUGCUGUCUCUUGAGGGGUAUAACGCAGGAGCGGGUUAUUCAGCGCGCGCAGGUGCGGGUGGCGCAGCACCAGCGUCAGGCACAAGGGUGGGACCUGGCAGCAGCAGCGGUCUGUACCUGCGCCUCCGUACACGCACGUGGGGGUGUGAUGGGACAGGGUUCAGGCAGGUUGGCGAGGUCCCAUAGGGUGCAGCUGACGCCCAUACCCCAAGCAGACAGCAAACAGUUUGCAGCGGCAGAGCAGGAGUGCAUGGCUGGUCGAACGCCGGAGUUACUGUACCGACAAGUUGCUGGCUGGCUGGAAGUUUGCUGAUGCGCAUUGUACACGCACGUGGGGCGCCGACAACAGCGUAGGUGCAGGCGUAGGUGCAGGUCACGUGGUCUUUGACGCGCAGCAGCAGGGCAACUAGCCUGUGAUCAGCAGCCCACACCUGUUGGGCGACAAGCAGGACUAAAGUGGGGAACAUGGUCGUGGUCAGCGGAAUACUGUCCAGUCAGACAAU